AAUGUUGUUUCUAACUAUCAAUCUAGUAUCUGUUAAAUGUCCUAAGUGCUUGUCGCCGUAUAUUAAGACCUGUUACCAUCUAUCCCACAAUGGCUUCCAUUCCAGUCUACACACAGCGAAGCACCGAAACGCUCCUUGAUAUAGCUACCGAUGUUAUCCAGAUGCUUGGCCAGGCUGACCAGACACUUGGAGUCGCAGAAUCACUAACUGCAGGUGGUGUGAUGGCCGCACUCACCUCUGUGCCAGGCUCAAGCGCAGUCUUCCGGGGAGGGGUUGUGUCCUACGCAACGCCUCUCAAGCAGCAGCUCCUAGGCGUGGAAUCAGACCUGAUCGCUACUAUGGGUGUAAUUGACCCCAAUGUCGCAACCCAGAUGGCCGAAGGCGCUCGCAAAAUCACAACUUGUGACAACACCCCAACAGCAUGGGGAAUUGGGACAACGGGAGUUGCUGGUCCUGCGUCUCAGGAUGGAAAGCCUGUUGGCACGGUAUACAUCGGCAUUGCCUCACCUACUGGUACCCGAGCUUGGGGUCCCUUCAACUUCCCUGGAACUCGUGAGCGUAUCCGCGAAGCAACUGUGCUGGAGGCCUUGUCUCGACUGCGUGAAGAGCUUGUUGCUUACCGGGAUGGUGUGAGAAAAUAGGAGAGGAUUAAUGCGUGGUUUGUCAUAGCUCUCACGCCUCGUUCAAUGCCCACAAUUUUGCCUCGUACGAUUAACCGAAAGGGUUAGAAGCAUAAAGUACCAGGCAGUAUAUAAUGUGAGGAAGAAUGCUGUAUAUAGUUAGUGAUAUCAUGUUACAAGUAGCACAAGUGUUGACUCUAGCUCACGGACACCGUGUAACAGCAUGCAUCAGUUCAAC